UUAAUAUUCAAGGCUAAUGUUGGCCUUUUUGCCUCAGCGGAGUGGUAAGUGCCAGCUGGAGGAGCACCAGCGCUCAGAGUCACUGAAAACUCUCUCUCAUUCUUCUCACCGUGAGCGUCGGUGAGGAGUUCUCCUCCGCCAGCCUCCCUGUCAGCUGAGCAGCAGCUCGGUUAGAGGCGCGGCCUCCAUCCUCCUGUGGCUCUGUCAGGCUCCAUCCAGCCACUGCAGCGGGAAAUGGCGGACCCCGGCGAGUGCAGCAUCAAGGUGAUGUGCCGCUUCAGGCCCCUGAACAGCGCCGAGGUGGCCCGGGGGGACAAGUACAUCCCCAAGUUUGUGGGGGACGACUGUGUGCAGAUCGCGGGUAAACCGUACUACUUUGACCGCGUCUUCCAGUCCAACACCACUCAGGUGCAGUUCUACAAUGCUGUGGCUCUGAAGAUUGUCAAAGAUGUUCUGGAGGGAUACAACGGGACAAUAUUUGCUUAUGGGCAGACGUCUUCUGGCAAAACACACACGAUGGAGGGGAAACUCCAUGAUCCGGAUAUGAUGGGAAUCAUUCCUAGAAUUGUUGAAGACAUCUUCAACUACAUUUACUCCAUGGACGAGAACUCGGAGUUCCACAUCAAAGUUUCAUAUUUCGAAAUCUAUCUGGACAAAAUCCGAGACCUGUUGGACGUAACCAAGACAAACCUUUCUGUGCAUGAAGACAAGAACAGGGUGCCCUUUGUCAAGGGAUGUACCGAGCGUUUUGUGUGCAGCCCUGAGGAGGUAAUGGAUGCCAUAGACGAAGGCAAAAACAACAGACACGUGGCGGUCACAAACAUGAAUGAGCACAGCUCGCGAAGUCACAGCAUCUUCCUCAUCAACAUCAAGCAGGAAAACACUCAGACUGAGCAGAAGCUCACCGGCAAGCUGUACCUGGUCGAUCUGGCUGGCAGUGAAAAGGUGGGAAAAACCGGAGCAGAGGGCACGGUUCUGGAUGAAGCAAAGAUGAUCAACAAGUCCCUGUCGUCGUUGGGUAACGUCAUCUCUGCUCUGGCGGAGGGCUCGACCUACGUACCAUACAGAGACAGUAAGAUGACCAGGAUCCUGCAGGACUCCCUGGGAGGAAACUGUCGGACAACCAUGAUCAUCUGCUGCUCACCGUCUUCCUUUAAUGAUGCAGAGACCAGGACGACCCUGCUGUUUGGACAAAGGGCAAAGACAAUCAAAAACACGGUGAGUCUGAACGUGGAGCUGACCGCGGAGCAGUGGAAGAAGAAGUGGGAGAAGGAGAAGGAAAAGAACAAGACUCUGAGGACCACCAUCACCUGGCUGGAGAACGAGCUGAAUCGCUGGAGGAAUGGAGAAAGCGUGCCAGUGGAGGAGCAGUUCGACAAAGAAAAGGCUAAAGCUGAGGUGGUGGCCCUGGAUGCUGCACUCAACAACAAUGAUAAGGCUGCACCCCAACCUGCCCUGGGCAGCCUGCCUGGUGUGGCUCUCACAGGUGCAGAGAAGGAGAAGUAUGAAGCAGAAAUGGCCAAGCUCUACAAGGAGAUGGACGACAAGGACGAUGAGAUCAACCAGCAGUCCCAAGAGGUGGAGAAGCUGAGGCAGCAGCUCCUGGACCAGGAAGAGCUGCUGGAGUCCUCCCGCAAUGACCACGACACCCUGCAGACAGAGCUGAACAGGCUGCUGGCUGAGAACGAAGCCUCCAAGGAGGAGGUGAAGGAGGUGCUGCAGGCCUUGGAGGAGCUGGCCCUCAACUACGACCAGAAGAGUCAGGAGGUUGAGGACAAAACAAAGGAGUUUGAAGCCCUUAGCGAGGAGCUGAACCAGAAGUCUAACUCCUUGGCCUCCAUUGACUGUGAGCUGCAGAAGCUGAAGGAGAUGUCCAACCACCAGAAGAAGAGGGUCACUGAGAUGAUGUCGUCCUUGCUUAAAGACCUGGCUGAGAUCAGCAUCGCUGUGGGAAGCAACGAUAUCAAGCAACAGGAGAGCAGUGGUCUCAUUGACGAGGAGAUCACCACGGCCCGCCUCUACAUCAGCAAGAUGAAGGCUGAGGUGAAGACCAUGGUGAAGCGCAGCAAACAGCUGGAGAGCAGUCAGGCUGAGAGCGGCCAGAAGCUGGAGGAGAUGGAGAGCAAUCUGACUGCCUGCCAGCUCCGCAUGUCUCAGUAUGAAGCUAAGAUCAAGUCCCUGACAGACAACCUGCAGAAUUUGGAGCACAAGAAGAGGCAGCUGGAGGAGAACGUGGACCUUCUGAAUGAAGAGAUAGUCCGGAUCAGUGCUGAGGAAAAAGUUAAUGCCAUGGAGAAAGAGAAUGUGAUCCAGUCUGCUAAUGAAGUCAAGGAGGCUGUGGACAAGCAGAUUCAGUCUCACCGAGAGGCCCAUCAGAAGCAGAUCAGCAGUCUGAGAGAUGAGCUGGACCGCAAGGAGAAGCUGAUCACCGAGCUGCAGGAUUCCAACCAGGAAAUCGUGCUGGAGCAGGAGAGGCUGAAGGUGGAGCAUGAGAAGCUGAAAGCGGCCGACCAGGAGAAGAGCCGGCAGCUCCAGGAGCUCACGCUGCUGCAGGACCGGCGGGAACAGGCCAGGCAGGACCUGAAAGGACUGGAGGAGACUGUGGCGCGGGAGCUGCAGACACUUCACAGUUUGCGGAGACUUUUCGUGCAAGAUUUAUCCAGAAGAGUAAGAAAGAAUGGGCAGGACUUGGAUGAUACAGAGGCCAGUGCUGCUCAGAAACAAAAGAUCAGCUUCCUGGAAAGCAACCUUGAGCAGCUCACCAAAGUUCACAAGCAGCUGGUGCGAGACAACGCCAGCCUACGUAGUGAGAUCCCCAAGAUGGAAAAGCGCCUGCGUGCAACUGUGGCACGGGUCCAAUCUCUGGAGGCCGCCUUGAAGGAAGCCAAGGAGAACGCGGCUCGUGAAAAGAAGCGUCACGAGGAAGAAGUGGAGCGUAUCAAGGACACGGUCAAACCCAAAAACAUGGGCAGGAGAGCCUCUAUAGUGAAGCCUAUCAGACCGGGCCAGCUGCCAGGAGCGUCUCCCUUGAUUGGCAUUAACAGAGCCCUCCUUCUCCAGAACAGCCAGUCUGAUACCAUUGGAGAGGACAAUGACAGCAGCUAAAGGUGGAGACAUAUUCCCAAAGCUUAAGCCAAGGCUUCAGCAGACCAAACUAAGUCCUGGAGACUGCACAAAUCUUCCUGUAUGAGAAGUGUAUAUAAUGUAUAGAAAAGCAUAGCAAGUCUUAAAUACCUUUACCAAUAAGCUGCUAAUGUAAAAAAAAGAAAAAAACAAAAAAAAGAAAGAAAACUGUUACAACUACACAGCAAAAGCUGUUCAUAAUGUAAGAACUUUCUGUCCUUUUCACUGGUACUUUAAUCGGUAACUUGUAAAAGAAAGCAAGCCAGCAUUGCACCAACCUUGGCAGAUGACCAAACCAGAGAAAACUGCUGAAACAGGACUGAACACAAAAUUUUAGCUCUAAUACACAUUUCACAAGGAACUUCUGUUGGAUUUGUCUAAAUAUAAUGUACAGCAAUGGGGAAAACUAAGUACAUGCCAUGUUUCAGUAGUUUAUAGAACAAUAUUUACCAAUUAAUUAAUUUUUUGAUUGACUUUGUAGUCUUUCAUAUCAUUGUGGAAGACUUCUUGACCGCUCUUCUUUUAAUGUUGCUUCAGUUCAUUAAGGUUUGCAAACGCACAAAUGUUCCACCACAGCAUUUUAAUCAGUUCGAGGUCUGGACUUGCAGGCCAUUUAUAGUUCCCUUUGCAGCCGCUCUUUUGUGGGUGUGUGGUUGUGUGUAGGAUAAUUGUCCUGUUUAUGACCCAGUGUUAGACAGACAGCCUUAGAAUACUUUGGUUCAUCAGGAGUUAAUCAGCGACUGCCAGGUUCCAAAGCAAGCCCAAAUCAUCACCCCUUCACUGCGUGCUUGACCGUUGAUAUGAGGGGUUAGUGCCAAACAUGGUGCUAUGCAUGACUACAACGAUCUCUACUUUGUCCUCAGGAUUGAUCCAGAAAUCUUGCAUUUCAUUCAGAUAACUUUGCUCAAGUACAUGCUGCCAACUUCUUUAAAGAAACUGUUUCAACUUGUCCAUACUCAUGGAUUUUUUUUAUUGUACUUCUUGAAAUUCAGCAUUUAACUUACUACUCAAAGCCAGCAGAAAUACAAACCAUGGGUUCUAAUCCUUUCACAUUCUAAAGUUUGGGUGAAUUUGCUGGGAUGUCCACUCCCAGGUAGAUUUGGUCUUAAAUGUUUUCCCUUGUCACUUCUACCUGCUGAUGCUUUUCCCACUUUAUCAUCCUAACUCCCCUGAACACCACAGGCCAACACACUGCCAAAAAUGUGUGCUUUAAUAGAGGCAGUCACACUUGCUGAGGAUCACUUAAAGGUAGAGUUGAUGAUUUUUCCAGAAGUUUCCAAGUCCCUUUUGGAAUAACUGUGCAAGACCAUCUUACCUGCUCUUCAGGGGGACUGUGUGACAAAAAAUCUCCCAAAUCCACUCUGGCCUU